GGAGUGGAAGCGAUAUGGUCCGCAGAACACGUUGCAGGAACGAGUCAAGUGGGGAUUCAGUUGCGAAAAUUGUAAUCGAUAAAAACUGGCAGACAUACUGGAUCGAAUGGAAAGUGGAUUUCGCAGGAGUCAUCAUGGUGGUAGGCAAGUCAUCGUGAAAAAAAAAUGUCUGCCAUCCGGGUUUAUCUCGUUGCUGCUCCUCCACUCGUCCUGUUAGCCGCAAACUAGCUGAGAAAUGUCUUCCAGAGUAACUUCACAGGCAUUAUCCGAGUUUCUGUCAGUGACCGGCGCAUCGACCAAAGAAGCUAGGCGAUAUCUCGAAAAAUACAAGCUUCUCGAUGCUGCUCUCGAUGCUUACUUCACAGAUGGAGGGCGAAGACGCUCAGAAACAAACCUCUCGACAAGUAGCAUCAACGUGCUAUUUGACAAGUACAAGGAUCCUGGAAGCGAUGAAAUCAGCGUGGAUGGCACCGUACGGUUAUGUGGAGAUCUAGGUGUGGAUCAAGAAGAUAUUGUCUUGCUUGCGAUAGCCUACGAACUCAAAUCACCUCAUAUGGGAGAAUGGACAAGAAAGGGCUGGAUCAGCGGACUGAAGAGUUUGGGCGACGCCGACGUCGAUAUGGACGAGAAAGGAAGUGGCGAUGACGGGAACGGAUGGGGAAAGAAGCACACAGAAUGGUGGUUCGAGUUUCUGAGGGAGAAGGGCAGCAAGGGAGUGAGCAAGGAUACGUGGAACAUGCUUGCAGAAUUUAUCCGAACGAUCGAUGCGAAAUUUGAGGAGCACGACGCGACUGCUGCGUGGCCAUCCACAAUAGAUGAUUUUGUAGACUGGGUGAAGGCGAAGAAGCUCAGAGCAUGAUGCAUGCUCAUCACCCCUCCAUCAUGCUGGGACUUUUCUUUCUUUUGAUUGCUUUGCUCCGCACAGAAUGCACAAGUAUAUACCUAGCUACACUCGUGACGAAUUCAGAGUUGCGCUUUGGGUCCGGGGAUGAUUCGAUGACGACGCGUCGAAGUCAUAUUAGAUUACCGUCUUGCGUAGGGAACUUCCUCCUAACAGCUGUGCAACAGGUUCCCGUCCCAAGCCACCAAAUUUAUGACCAGUCGGACGGUCGAUGCAACACUCCAGCACU